AUGUCUCAAUUCAGAAUUGCCAUCAUUGGCGGCGGUCCUGCUGGGCUGACUCUUGGUCUCCUAUUGUAUCGGAGUGGUAUACCAUUUGCGAUAUUCGAGCUCCGCCAAAAGGCCACCGAUGAAGAACUCGCCAAGCCUUCCGGGAUGCUAGAUCUCCAUGAAGAGUCCGGUCUAGCUGCUAUCAGGGAGUGUGGCUUGUUCGAUCAGUUCCUCCAUCUCACUGGGGAGUGUGCGGAGACGCACAAAAUAUCAGACAAGGAUGGCAACAUCCUUUACACAGACGAAGGAGGGACCAACGAGCGCACAGAGAUGCGCCCCGAGAUCUCCCGCAACGCACUCACCAAGCUCCUGAGCUCUCAAUUACCAGCCGAGUGCAUCAGGUGGGAGCACAGGCUUGUCUCGGUCACCAGCCGCACCACGCCCACCGGAACCGAGAAUGUGCUCGAUUUUGGCUCCCACGGCAAACAAGCUUUUGACCUGAUUGUUGGGGCCGAUGGCGCCUGGUCCCGGGUUCGCAGUUUUCUAAUAGACGUGGAGCCGCAAUACGCAGGGACCCAGAGCAUCAGCAUGACUAUCCCGCAGAUCACAGCCAAUUACCCGCACCUAGCUUCGUUCAUCGGGCGUGGUAGCUUUACUGCGCUUGGCCUACGGCAUGGAAUUAUCGUGCAACGCGGACCACAGGACUCGGCCCGUGUUUAUAUCUUCUUCACGACCGCGGAAGAGCACUUCGCUGCUACAUUGGGACUCGUGGGACAGACAGUGGCUGAUGCCAAGAAUCUGCUCCUGGGAAGCGACGUACUGCUCGGCCAUUGGGGCUCUGCCAUCAAGGAGCUGGUGACCGUCGCGUAUGAUGCGGAGUUUGUUGACAACCCGGGUGCUAGCGUGGACAUCAAGCCAUUAUAUAUGUUGCCUAUUGGGAUCUCCUGGGAGCACAAUGUGAGCGCAACGCUUAUUGGCGAUGCAGCGCAUUUGAUGUGCCCGUGGGCCGGUGAGGGAGUCAACCUGGCUUUGUGGGACUCUCUGUUGCUGGCACAUGCUAUCAUCACGGCACACGAAACAGCUGGACAGGAUGCUAUCUUGUUAGGGAGCUCACUAGAUUGGUUGAUAAAAGGGGUUGAGGUGGAAUUGGUGGAGCGUGCCAAAGAGAAGGCGGAAGAAACAUACAACAACGGACAGAUGCUGUUUGGAGAGGAUGGGGCGAGAGCUUUUGCGGACUUUUUUUUGAACAUUCCCAAGGCCGAUCAGUAUUCUAGCCAAGUACAAAGCUAG